CUUGCUUUGCAGGGAUCUGCUACACGAUAUUUGACCUGGGUUUCCGCUUCGAUGUGGCAUGGUUCCUGACAGAGACCUCACCCUUCAUGUGGUCCAACCUGGGCAUUGGCCUGGCCAUCUCCCUGUCUGUGGUGGGAGCUGCCUGGGGGAUUUACAUCACGGGCUCCAGCAUCAUCGGUGGUGGAGUCAAAGCCCCUCGGAUCAAAACCAAGAACCUAGUCAGCAUCAUCUUCUGCGAGGCAGUGGCCAUAUAUGGGAUCAUCAUGGCGAUUGUCAUCAGUAACAUGGCUGAGCCUAUCUCUGCAGUCACCCCAGAGGCGAUUGGAGCCAGGAACUACCACGCAGGUUUUUCCAUGUUUGGGGCUGGCCUGACCGUGGGGUUAUGCAAUCUCUUCUGUGGGGUCUGCGUGGGCAUCGUGGGCAGCGGGGCUGCCCUGGCUGAUGCUCAGAACGCCAGCCUCUUCGUCAAGAUCCUGAUUGUGGAGAUCUUUGGCAGUGCCAUAGGACUGUUUGGAGUCAUCGUUGCUAUCCUGCAGACAUCAAAAGUAAAAAUGGGAAACUGAGCCCGGUGCCAGCACGCCCCAGGAGGUGCUGUAUAUACUUAUUUAAUGUUUCUAUCCUUGACUGGGGCGGGAGCUGCCCAGCAGCAGAAGUGGGAGCCCGGCUGUCUAGAUCCCUGUUCCGUGGAUCCAUCUGCUCCUUGGAAGAAACAAAUUUCUCUGUGUGACUCCUGCCCUUGGCAGCCUGGCCCAGCCCCUGGGGCCCUGCUGCUGCUUGUCCCCGGUGUGUGUAGAAUCGACCACCAGUGCAAAUCUGUGUCUGUGAAAUAAAUAUGGUUCUUGUCCA